GGUUUUAGUAAGAUACAAGCUACAACGCUGUUAAGAACUUGUUUCGUAUUGAUCAAUUUUUGUUUUUAUUUUUGUUUAUUGUGUUUUCAUUUAUUACGUUAAAAUGGAUGCAAAAGUUAGUUUCGGAAAUAAACUGAUAUUCAGAUAUAGAAAUCAAGAGCACAAACUUAACCAAUAUCUUAAUAAUACCGGUGAGACUGUUGUUGCUGAAACAGAAUAUGGAAAAAUAAAAGGCGCUAAGAGAAAGUCUCUCUACGAUAAAUUAUAUUAUAGUUUUGAGAAAAUUCCAUAUGCUGAACCACCACUUGGAAGCUUACGUUUUAAGGCUCCACAGCCACCUAAAGCAUGGAAUGAUGUAUUGGAUUGUACUCAAAUGAAUCCAAAACCAGUGCAAAGACAUUUAAUUCUUGAUUUUAUUGAUGGGACCGAAGAUUGCCUGUAUUUAAAUGUUUAUACAAAUGACCUCGAACCGGCAAAACCGCGACCAGUUAUGGUAUGGAUCUAUGGAGGUGCUUUCAUUCUAGGAGAAGCAAACCGUGAUUGGUAUGGCCCUGACUUACUGAUGAACAAGGAUAUUGUUUUGGUAACCCUUAACUACAGGGUGAAUGCAUUGGGUUUCCUAAGUCUUAAAGAUCCACAACUUAACGUACCCGGAAAUGCUGGUCUCAAAGAUCAAGUCUUAGCUUUAAAAUGGAUUAAAAAUAACUGCGCCCGAUUUGGUGGUGAUCCUGACAAUAUAACAGUGUUUGGAGAAAGUGCCGGAGGCGCAUCUACCCACUACAUGUGCAUAACAGACCAAACAAAAGGUCUCUUCCAUCGUGCAGUCAUGAUGUCAGGUGCCGCAAUAGCACCUUGGGGUUCGGUAAAACAAUCAAACUAUCCAUAUAGGCUUGCAAAGCAUUGUGGUUAUACUGGUGAAGAAAAUGAGAAGGAUGUGCUCGAGUUUUUACAAAAAAUUGAACCAGGCAAUCUUGUUGUCGAAGACAAACAGCUUUUAACUCCACAAGAGGAACGUGAUGGCAUAUUUUUCUGUUUUGGACCAACUGUUGAGCCGUACAACUGUGAAGAUUGUGUUGUACCAAAAGAGCCACUUGAAAUGAUGAAAACAGCAUGGAGCAAUAGUAUUCCUAUUAUAACAGGAUUUGUUUCAUCAGAAGGAUUGUUAUUCCAUCCAGCACUAUCAAAACAACCACAAGCUUUGGCAGCACUUGAAACAUGUGCCUACUUGGUUCCAUCAGAACUAGUCGAGGACAGAGAAAGCAAGGAGUGUCUUGAAAUGGGCAGGAAGUUAAAGGAAGCACAUGUAUGCAAAGACUCACCACUUGAUUCCUUACUCGAAAUUUUGGGAUUUAGACACUUUGUUCACCCAAUGGCGCAAUUUAUACAAUCACGAGCUAAGGAGGCAACGGCACCAACGUAUCUCUACCGAUUUGACUUUGAGUCUCAUAACCUUUAUCUUCCAUUUAAUUUCAUUCAUGAAAAGAACUUAAAUGGUGUAGGUCAUGGAUCCGAGCUUUGUUAUCUAUUUAAUUCAAUCACUGGUCGUAAAAUGGAUGUGAACAGCAAAGAGUACAAAACUAUCGAACGGAUGACUGGUUUAUUUUCUCAAUUUGCGAUUGCUAGCGAUCCAAACUGUGAAGCUACUAAAUCGGUCAAAUGGGAGCCUCUAAAAAAAGAUGACGAUGUCCUUAAAUGUUUGAAUAUUUCAGAUGAGCUUGCAAUAAUUGAUUUACCAGAGAUGGAUAAAAUAAAAGUUUGGGAUUCAUUGUAUUCAAAGUAA